GGGCUGUGAGAUCCGGUCCCCUCCAUUGCCAGCCCGGGGUCCCCGCCACGCCGUGCGGACGCCCAGGCAAGGGCCUGGAAACAGCGAGUCCGCACGGCCGGGUCCCCUCCCCACUCGGCUUACGGCACCCCGUGUCUGUCUGUCCCCGCAGCUCGCUGCCCCGGCGGCUCCGCUCCCUUCCCCCGGAACGGCCCUGGCGGUGUCACCCACGGGUCCGCCUGUAGGGACCCAGCUGCUGUGAGCUCGGGUGCCCAUAUUUCCUAAAGCGAAAAGGGGGCACCCCCUACUGCUCGCCUGAGCGCCUCCCCGCCCCCGCGUGGGGCUGGCAUCUCCCCGCCCCCACCCCAGCAUGUUCCUCCGCACCCCACUUUUUGGAUAAAAGUGAGCAGUUGCCAACUGAUCAAGUCGGCAGGAGCACACUGGACAAAUGCCCACUUCUGCCACGCACACAAAAAAAGGUCGGGACGGCUGGGACCGGGCUUUAGAAAAGGGACUAAACAAGACAUAUGCUCACGCUACUGUGAGUGCAGGGGCUGGUGCUGAUCUCGUGUCUCCUGCCAGGGCGGACGAAGAGCUCGCAGCUAAAAUCCUCCAGCGAGCCUGGUGGAGUCACAUCAACAGGAGGCUGUUCAGGCUGCUAACACACACCAUCCGGGCCGCGGAGCAUUGCAUUACAUAUGAGAUUAUGAGGAGAGUGAGUCCUUUAGAAGCUGAACUUAUAAAAGAUCCUAGUAUGCAGUAUAAAGUCAGAUUCAGAUUUGCUGGUCAUGAGUUUCCACCUUUCAUUGUGUUUAAGAUUUUUCACCAUACUGGAGGCCGAGGCAGCAAGUACAUAAGUGGAAAAAGAACAAUAAGUCCAGCAAGUGAGGCAGCAGCUGAUGCUUGCAAGUUGAUGGGACAUCGGAAAUAUUAUGAUCAAAUGAUAUGGGAUGAACUUCAGUACCAAAACCACAAAAUAAUAGACGAAAUAGACGUUGCUACAGUGAAAGAUUACAUGCAAUAUAUCAGUAACCUGGAUGAGACCCCAGCAUACUGUGGUGGCAGGGAUAACUGCUGGAGAAAAUUGUCUCUGGAAAACUUUCCCAGGACAAUGAUAAUGUAUGACAUAAUGGAUUAUGCACAGUCUGGGACACUGUCAAACCGACUUAAGGAGAAACUGACAUUUCUGCUCCUGAGGCCACAGAAUGAAGAGCUGCGGCAUGAUCAACUCAUGACUGUUUCUCGAGUCAGGUCUCCUACACCUUGUCCUCCAACAGCCACCUCUUCAUACAGGUCUUAUCAACCCUCUUCACUGCCUAGACCCUCAGUGCGUCGCUCUCGCCAAACUCGACAGAAAGUAGCAAAAAUGAAAAGAGUUCAUGCACUUGAAAAAGAAAGAGAGGAACAGAAAUUGGAUGUUACAAAUAGAAGCCACUUCAUUGAACAUCAAGAAACUAUGACUGCACCAAUUGAAGACCUUGAGGAGCAUUCUGUCUUUUCAGAUGAAGAGUGGGAGCAUGAGGCAGCUAAAUUGUAUGCCUGGUCUCAGGCGUUAUCUCUUGAAGACACUGGAGAAUCUUCGCUCACACCUAAUUUCUGAAUUUUAAUAAUGGUUAUUUCACAUUAGCAGUAGUGGUAAACAGAAAACAUUUUCAAAUCUUUUCUACCCUGCUGUAAAUAUAUUGCAAAUUUUAAUCAUAGAGAACAUGGAUUACAUACAUAUAAUUGCUUUCACCUUGACUGUAACAGAUUUAGAAUUUGAGCUACGGAUGGGUUAUCUAUGAACAUUGUAUAUUUUGUGUACAAUGCAGGAUUACAGUAAUUGUUUUGCUGUGCCAUUGUUUAUUUCAUUUUCAUUAUGGAAUAGUACUAGCUACUUAAUGGUGAAGAUUGCAUCCCACAAUAAGCUCAAUUUCCAGCCUCUGCUCACUACUUCCCAAAACGAAACCAGUCUGCCUGAAAAUUCAAGUGCAGCAUUUCAUUCCAGGGUAGAAUUUUUCUGGGAAGGUUGAAAUGAAAUCCUAACAGCAAUUUUAAAGUUAUAGGGCCAGAUACAGGGCCAUAUUAAGAUUCUUUUAUACAGCUCUGGGAACAAAGCAACUUAAAACCAUCUUAAUCAAUUAUAUGAAGAUUCUACCAGCAAAGGACAAUCCCCAGAUGAUGUGGAGCCAGCAAGCUAGCUUUGUGUCACAGUUUGCUGGUACUCUCAAUGGACAUGUCCAUGCCCUUUUUCUCAAUGAAGAAAGUGCGAAAAUGUAUAGAACCAAUACAACUUUACCCUAAAAUUUUAUUCCGUUUGAAACUUGGACACUUUUUAAUUAAACAAAAAAUAAAUAAAAUCAACAGGCUAUUUCCAUUGCAGAACAAGACUGGGCAAAACUACGGUUAGGUGAGUGAUGUAAAUUUAAUUACUUUUUUUGGUAAGGUGUAGAAUUCCUGUAAAGAAAGAAGGGGUUGUUUAUUUUGAUUUUUGAUUGCUACCUGAACUGCACUAAAACGUACUUCCUGAAGGUUUUUUGAUGGCAAAUUUAGUUUACUUAACUGUACCUAGAGCUCAGUCUUGUCCCUGUUGGCUUCAGUGGGUAUAGUAUUGAGCCAAUUAAGCCCAAUCCAACUCCACUAGGAAUCAACGGAGAAAUUCACACUCAGUUCACUGGGAGUUGGAUCUAGUUCCAUGCGGUUUAAGAACAUAAGGAUUUGUUCAAUUAAAAGCUGAAGUUCAAUUUCACCGACACCUGUUUUCUCCUCUUGAGUACUGUUUUACAGUGUUUAGGUAACCUGUCACGAAAAACAGCAAGGACAAAAAUUACGGAUACUUGGAUAGUGAGAAGCAUACCUCUCAUACUUCACAACUGGCACCAAAUGAACACUAAGCAUCCAAGCAAUUGUUUUUAUAUUCUAGAAUAUACUGUUGUAUUUUGAUAUUUCAUGGAUGCAAGGCCUAAGGUUAUUUUGAAUUAACACUAAACAUAGUUUGACUACCUAAACUGAAGUCUCUAAUCUGGGGACUAGCUGAAGCAUAUGAUGGUGAUACUACUAUUGUUCAGCUACAAAUCCUUUACAACUCCUAAACCAGCUCUUCAGUUUUGCCUACAUUGUUCAGUACCACCAGACCCUCGCUAGAACGCACUUCUAUAUAGCACGAAUUCACAUAUAAUGCGGUCGCAGCCAUGGAACCCAAAUGUAAUUACUUUAAUUGCAAUUCAUUUUAAUGCGGUCUCCGCGUUAACGCAGUACCACUCAUGGAUCCCAAAUCCUGCGUUCUAGCGAGGGUCCGGUAUAUUUAGGUUGAUUGGAAAAUUAUUCUGAUUAAGACAUUGCUUUGCUGUUUGUAACUAGACUUAGUCCUACACAGAACUUCUUUCAUUAAACAGUAAUACUGCAGACUAAUUUGUAUGGCUCCCACUGGAAUGUGCCACAGGGACCAUAGACUCCAAUGUAAAUUUGUCCCAAUUUUAAAUUCCAAAGGAGACUAAUUGUCUCUUGCUCUGAGAUACAUAGUAGAGGAGAAGAUGGCAAUACAGUCUUUUCACUUUGCACAUUUAUGUUGGAUAAUUUUCCAUGGCUUGCUCAGACUCAGAAAAUCAGUGGUUUUAAAAAAUGUGUUAACAUGUUUUAUUCCAGUAUAAAAGAGUGGCUUUUUGCAGGUUAGCUUGCCACUUUGGAAGCGGUUUAAGCUAAACUGGAAAAAAAAACAUUCUUACUCCAGAAUAAGAAUGUCCAGUGGUGGAGUUAUUCCAGUAUAACGAUAGUGCUUUAGUUAUUGUACUGCUAGAACUAAAAAAAUCUCCCCUAGACAAACCUUAACAAAGGUACUUAAAUCUAAUCAGCUUUGAAACUCUCAACUUUGAUUUUGGAAAUGAAAAACUGUUUCUAGAAGUAUUAAGUGAAAUGCUGCAACGACCGUCACUGUGACUUAGACUGUGAUAGCAGCAUAUUUCACAAGUGAGGCAGUGUUAGGCCCCCCA